UGUCCAACCAAAGGUACACUAGUGAAGAGGCCUAUAGGAUUCUGUGCAUGUCAGGUGAGAGCGAAGGGGGAAGACUCCCUGACAGAAUCAGGCUCAGAAUACGAACCUAUAGACAGCAGCAGCACCCGGACAGAUAGCUCAGACGAUGAAGAAGAGGUCCCUGCUAAGGUCAGGCAUACCCGACCCCAUUUCCAGGUUGCUGAGGUGGUACAAACGCAUGAUGACUCUCAUAUGCAGCAGAGUGUCAGUACUAGUGCCCCACUACCCUUUUGGUGAACUGGCGAGCAGUACCAGCACUGCAAUAUCACUUGCAAAUUUAAAUAAUCCCCUUGAUUUUUUUGAGCUGUUUUUCACAGAUGAUCUUUAUGCAUUGAUUGUGGAUCAAAGCAAUUUAUAUGCACGACAAUUUAUCGCCGCCAACCCAAAUUCAAACCUUCCCAGACCAUUCGCAUUG